AUACCGGAACAUUUAGAUUUCAACAACUGGGAGACUUUUAGCAAGGAAGAUUUACGUAAACUUAUAGUUAAGACAGUGGCCGAUAUGGAUGAAUUGGAACGGCAACGAAAGGAAGAUUUCAAGGAAUAUGAAAUGAAAAAAAGAGCUGAACAAGAUCACAAAAUGCAGGCGCGAAUGUCAGAAACAGAAAGGGCGCAGUAUUUACAACAAUUGGAGCAACAGCGUCAGCGACAUAAUAAGCACGAACGUUUAAAACAUCCAGGAAGUCGCGGUCAGCUGGAGGAAGCUUGGGCAAACGAAAAAGUGAGCAGCAGUGCAUUUUUUUCUCAAAUUCGGUUUUUUUUUUUGGCAAAAAUGGGAAAAGAGAACAAAUCUAGAAUUGAUCUGGACAGAAUGUAA